CCCCCUCCUCCGAAAGGUGAGAUUUGAUAGUAAGGAUCUGCGCCAUUGCGUACUUACGCAAUGGUGCCAACGAUGAUGCAUACCGAUUGUCGACGAUGACUUCCGCCGCCUCAUCUUCCGCCUUCUUUUCCCGGCGCCUUCUGCGCCUUCCCCUUCUGCGUCGCAAUCUUCUAAGCUGCACGGAAGUGCUUCGCGCAUGCGUGUCUGUCCCUUGCAUGUUGUGGGACUACCCCUCUUCUUGCAAGAUAGACCGAAACAUGCGGUUCACAAAUGCAUUUGAAGCCAAAGAAGACCCCACCCACACAGCAGUAUCUCCUUCUCCGUCACCUCAUUGCCCCUUCCGAGUGGAACGCGCAUCGAUGCGUAAUCAUUUCGGUUGGGGUGAUCGUCGAGGACAUCGCCCUGAUCGCAGUCGUUUGUGGCCUCGCGCGGUGCUGAAGGGGCGUAUCCUUUUUCGACUGGUUGGCCGAGUUCAGCGCGGAUCUUUGCUUACUGACCGCGGUAGGGAGUCAGCACUCCCACGGUGGACAUCAGUACGCCCUUAGUCCGCAGGCGAUCCAAAAGGGGUUUACACAAUGGCUGUUCAACUCCACAGUGAAGAAUCACGUGGUGCCG